AUGAUAAGAUGGGAAGAUGUGUACAAGGUAGUGGUGGCCAUGGCACCGCUGUAUGUAGCUUUGAUGUUAGGGUACGGGUCUAUGAAAUGGUGGCGUAUAUUCACUCCCGAGCAGGGUGAAGCUGUAAACCGCUUAGUUUGCUAUUUCACCCUACCACUCUUCACUUUGGAGUUCACAGCUCAGAUUGAUCCUUUCAAGAUGAAUUAUUUAUUCAUUGGAGCCGAUGCCAUAUCAAAAGUAAUUAUUGUAACAGUUUUGGCGUUAUGGGCCAAAUUUAGUAGCAAAGGAAGUUAUUGUUGGUCCAUAACAAGCUUCUCUUUGUCUACACUUACUAAUUCUCUUGUUGUUGGGGUGCCCCUUUUGAAAGCUAUGUAUGGACCUAUGGCUGUUGACCUCGUUGUUCAGUCUUCAGUAAUUCAGGCUAUUGUGUGGCUAACAUCCCUAUUGUUCGUCCUGGAAAUCAGACGAACUGGCAAUGACUUCCACUCCAAUGACAAUAAUAAUAAUAAUUAUAAUACAGCUGCUGUAGCUUUAGAUGAUAAAACGCAUAAAGACUUGGAAGAAAAUGAUACUACAAAGAUGGACAAUGAGGCGAGUAACAGAAGCAAACAAUCUUUCUGCUCUUUGAUGAAAACUGUGUGCCUUAAACUUGCUAUGAAUCCAAACUCAUAUGCAUGUAUACUCGGCAUCAUUUGGGCAUUCUUUGCCAACAGGUUUCACUUUCAAAUGCCUAGCAUCGUGGAAGGAUCAAUUUUAAUCAUGUCAAGAGCUGGUACAGGCACUGCCAUGUUCAGCAUGGGGUUGUUCAUGGCAAUGCAAGAGAAAAUAAUUUCAUGUGGUGCAAGUUUGACAGUAACUGGCAUGGCCUUGAAAUUUAUUGCUGGACCACUCGCCAUGGCCAUCGGUUCGCUCAUAGUAGGUUUGCAUGGCGACGUCUUACGUGUUGCUAUAAUACAGGCGGCACUACCACAAUCCAUCACCUCUUUUAUUUACGCGAAAGAGUACGGUUUACAUGCGGAUGUACUUAGCACAGCGGUUAUCUUUGGCAUGAUUGUGUCCCUCCCGGUGUUGAUCGGAUAUUAUGCAAUUUUGGAGUUUGUGCAUUGA